AUGCUGCCGUCGGGGCGUCCACCUCCGUCCUCGCUGGCUCUGGACCCCCCCUUCCCGUCCCCUACCCCGGCUUUCCCCAGUGGUCAGCUGCAGCAUCAGGACUCCGGGGGCCCACCAGCUGACCUCUGGCCUUCCCCCCGCAGGGACUUCUGGGCAGCUCUGUGCAUGGAGGGAGGAGGCCUCUGCGAGGGGCUUGCAGCCAGCCCAGCUGGACGUGCGGCCAUGGACGCUCCUAUGAAGGACGGUGAGGCCGAUCGGGGAGCAGGGGGUGGGCAGCGAGGCCGUCAGGGCACCGUGGAGGCGGAGUUCCCGGGUGUCUUCCUCCUGGCUGACGAGAAGUUCGACUUUGACCUCUCGUUGUCUUCUUCAAGCGCCAACGAAGAUGACGAGGUCUUUCUCAGGCCUGAUGGGCGCAGAGCAACGUGCUUCACAGGUCAUCAGCCCCGCCAGGAGCCUCUCUUACCAGCCUUGGAGAGUCCCUCCCCCUGGAGCCCUCUGACGGGGGAGAAGUUUCUGGAAGUCUCCAGAGAGGCACACUUGCUGGCUUUACAAAUCGAAAGCAGCGGCCAGCAGCAGGACGCUGACGCCAGGGGCCCUGCAGGCCCCAGUGGGGAGACGUUUGUGCAGGAAUCAAAGUUUAAAAUCAGCCUCUUUGAGAAGGGAAACGACGUGAAGAAGAGCCCCACAUCCCUGAAGAGGGAGACGUACUUCCUGUCGGAGAGCCCCCUCCUGGGCCCGCCGAGCCGGGGACGGCAGCCCCCUCCUGGCCUGGCCACCGGUCCUGGCCCUGCCCGCCCCCCUCACAGCGCCCCGGCCCCUCCCGGCAGCCCUGCUCCUCCCAGAGCUCCUGCCCCUCACAGCACCCCAGGCCUGGCCAGCCUCGCCCGCACGCAGGAGUCCCGGCCAUCUUCUCGUUCCUCACUGGCCGCAGAGCCAAGUGCCACUGCCGCUCCAGGUCGGCCAAUAACACAAAAAAAGACCGCCAGCAAAUUGCAGAUGCCCCGAGCCUCGUCCUUCAGAGGAAAAGGCCGCCCCUCGGCCGUGGAGAAGGACAGCGUAGAGCUGCCCCCUAGGGGUUCCAAGGCAGCGGGCUACAGGAGGAGCGCUGGUGGCUUAGUGGGUGCUGCCAGCGAGGGCUUCCGACUCGCCGCCCCUGUGCUGUCCACGCACUUUGUGGACGUGAAGCCCCCACCCCACCUUGUGGUUACCUGUUGGCCGACAAGAGAGACGCCAGCCAGCCCCUCCCGGAUGAAGCUGCUGCCCGAGGGGUCCCACCGCGAGCUGCUUCCCAAGAAGUCCAGAGCAUCUGUGGGUGUGGCCACCACACCAGCCGGCAGCAGCCAUGUGGUCCCUGGCAAGAGAGCGCUCCCUGUGCCCAGCAAGGUGGAGCUCAAGAGGACCCUGAUGAGGCCACCCGGCCGCACGGGCAGUCUGGCAGGAAAGAGCGCUUCCUGGGGGUCUCUGACCAGCACGGUGGCCACUGUGGUAGGAGGUCACGCUAAGUCGGGUGAACUGGCCAGUACUCCUGCGAAUGAUGCCCGGGCCUCAUCCGGCACCCGGGGGCAGGGCAGGCCCAGGCCCACAGGCCCCUCAGAUGCAGGCUGCACACGGACCAGGCUGGCCAGCGGCGCUCAGGCCCCUGCAGAGCAACCCAGCGGGGCCAGCACGGCUUCCUUCCUGCAACCACAGACCCCAGACACCGCGGGCCCGCAGCUGGACACCACCUUCACUCUGCCCGGGUCUUCUCAGCGGAGUGCGGCCGGGGGCUCUCAGAGGCGAGGGUCCUGUCUCAGCUCCACACCCACAGCCGCGCCCACGCCGUCAAGAUUCUUCAAAAGGCCCAUGUUUUCCAUCGGUGCGUCUCCAGUCACCGCGACCCCACAGCGCUCCCGGGCACAGCGGCCACAGUCCUGCGCGUCCGUGGGCAGGGUUGUCCACAGCACCCCGGUCAAGCCUCCAUCCAGACCAGCCUCGCAGAGCCUUCUCCCUGGGCCCAGGACCCCCACGAGCACAAAGUGCCCACCGGCCACGCCCACCCCUGCCAGCCGUCGCCUCUCCAGCCUCCCUCGGAUGGCACCGCGGACCAUGCCGCGGUCUCAAACUUCUCUCUGGUGCCCGUCAGCCCGGCGACGGUCCUCUGAGCCCCGGCCGCGAUCAGGAGCCAGAAAGGAGGCACCAGCGGGAAAGGUCGUGUUCCUGCCAUCUGACUCUUCGGACGGGAGUCUCUCUCCCCCAGACCAUGUGCCACAGGCACUGAAUUUUUCUCCAGAAAAGAACGAUUUCACUUUCUCCAGAAAUCUCACCACCGAGGCGAGUCUGGCCGAGGGAAAGCCAGUGGAGGGCCUGCCCGCGAACGAGGCCGUCCUGGUGGAUAUCCAGCUGGGCGGCCUCACCAUCACCCCGAAGGCUGACCUCCCGCUCAUCGACUUGUGCAGCACCCCAGAGAACGGAGGAGAGCAGCAUCCGCCCCCCGGCCCUGGGGCUCUGGAGUGUGGCAGCAAACCUCUAAUAGACCUCAUGAUAAACACCCCUGACAGGGACACCCCACUGAAGCCCCUCCCGCCGGCAGGCCAGCUGAUCGACCUGGCCUCUCCUCUGAUCCAGCUGAGCCCUGCCACCGACAAGGAGAAUGUGGACUCGCCUCUCCUCAAGUUCUGA